CUGAUACAUGCAUAUUCUUUUUUCAAUGCUUUACACUGUGCAUAUUCUUUAUUCAAUGGUAUUGAUUGAUGUUGUGUUAUAAGCAAAAAGAGUGUAGUUUGUAAGUGUAGUCAGCUUUAAAAUAUAUAGGCUAAGAAAUGGCAGCUGCUAAAUCAUUUAUCGAGGAAUAUACUGAACUGUUAAUGUGUCCUAUAUGUCUAGACACAGUAAAGACACCAAAGUCUCUAAAAUGCCUACAUUCAUUCUGUGAAGGAUGCUUAGAUGAAUGGAUUCAAACUGAAAAAGACAGCAGGAAAAAGAACUAUCCAUGUCCAGUAUGCAAGUGUGACACAGACAUCCCAAAUGGAGGUGCAAACUCAUAUAGGACUAACUUCACCAUGAAGUCAAUGGCUGAAGCCCUGGAGAGAACCAAGAAACAAUUGAAUGAAUCUAGCAUAAACUGUGACAUCUGUGUACAGGAUGACCAACAUACACAUGCUGUAGCCAGAUGUAUCGAAUGUGCCGAAUAUUUAUGCAACACUUGCGACAAAUCUCAUGGUAGGAUGAGAUCCUCGAAAUCUCACAAGCAUGUUAAAUUGACUGGAGAUACUGAGAAAGAUUCAAAGAUUGCUAUAGACUGUCUGGUUCAAAGAAAUAUUGAUUGCACCGAGCACAGCGACCAACCCCUGAAGUUCUACUGUAAGACUGACAAAGCCAUUGUAUGUAGAGACUGUUGUAUUACUGAUCAUUCUGGGCAUUCAUGUGUGAAAAUUGAAGAUGUGGCAAAGGAAGAAAUACGCAAUGUGUCUGCAUUGAUUGGAUUAGCCAUCCAAAGGAAAAAUUUACUUGAAAAGCAACUCAAAAUCUCAGAUAACUUGACUGAAACCCAAGGGCAAAAGCUCCAAAAACUUCUCAGUUCAAUAAAAUCAGAUCGCAGAGCUAUGCAAAGUGAACUUGACAAGUACUUUAAUAAACAAGAAAGGGAUGCUAAGGAAGCACAUAAUAACACCUUGAAGCAAGUUGAAUCUCGAAGGACCGAUAUAGAGCUAAAGAAGGGCAUCACUGAAAGUACAUUACUUCAUCUGAUGUCACUACAAAAACAUGGACAUCCUGUUGAGAUAGUUAACUCAAGUGCUGAUAUCAAACAAACACUACAAGAUUGGAGUUCAAUGCCUUUAAGGGUGGACUCUGAACAUCAAGACAAAUCUCUUGACAUUGGUACAUACAAACCUGGUCACUUGGACAUAUCUCAACUAGGACACAUUGUGACAUCUACUGAUAAGGCAAGUGUUAAAGCUUCAGCGACAUCUUUACAAUGUAAGGAAAGUCCAAAACUAUGUAUGCCAAACUUACACAGAACUGAGCAUUUGGUAGAUAAGAAGAGUGAAUCAUGUGCCAUACAGGAUAUAUGUGUGGGUGAGAAUCAAAAUAUAUUAGUGGUUGAAUAUCCUGAGAAUAAGCCUAAGUUUGUGACUUAUGAAAUCAAUCCUAGAUCAUUGAAUAAAAAGUCAACAAAGGAGAUCAACUCAGUUGGAGUGUGUACUACCAAAGACAAUUGUUAUGCCAUAUGUGAUCUAACGAACAAAUGUGUGGCUAUUUACAAUCAAAACUUGGUGCACAAGAGAAACAUUGGCACUUUCAAACAUCCACAUCGUUUAUGUAUGAAUUCUAAAGGUGAACUGUUGGUCACUGACUUUGCAGUCAAAUGUGUGUACAUUGUUGACUGCAAUAAUGGUUCAAUACUGGGUACAAUAGGUGAUGGUGUAUUAGAGAAACCAAGAUUUCUCACAACUAACAGCAAAUAUGCAGUCAUUGUAUCAGAUGAAGGAGGACACAGUGUAAAAAUGUUCAACAGGAAGGGAGACCUUCUAAACACCUAUGGCACAAAGGGUAGUGGCAAUAAUCAACUCCAUCAACCAUUUGGUGUCUGCACUGACUCACUUGACAACAUCUUCAUAGCUGACAAUGGUAACAGCAGAAUCCACAUGUUGGAUCCCACUGGGAAGUUUAUCAAGUACCUCCUAACCCCAGAGGACAAUGCAGGGCGCCCAGCUGCAGUUGCCAUUGAUCAUAAUGGUGACCUAUUGGUUGGCACUGGUAGUGGAGACCUCCACUUCAUAAAAUACAUGGCUUAUCAGUAAUAGCAAGGACAUAGUAGUUACAAAUGACAAUAAAUUAGUUAUAAAGCAUGAUGAAGGUGUCAUUAAACA